GUAUACUAUUGGCUUUACCGCGGCGCCAUCUAAUGGUGCUCCCUAAUACUGAAGCGGGAUGACAUGCAGCCAUAUUUGACUGUAUUCAUCAAGCCCUUCCCCCCUUCAGCAUCUUCAGCAGGACAGUGAAGAAAGCUGGAGCGGGACAACGGAUGCCAAUCGAAAGGAGACUUUACCGAAGAUGGCCUCGCCAAGAACCAUAACCAUUGUCGCCCUUUCCUUUGCACUGGGUCUGUUUUUCGUGUUCAUGGGUACAAUUAAACUCACACCAAGGUUAAGCAAAGAUGCCUAUAGUGAAAUGAAAAGGGCGUACAAGAGUUAUGCAAAGGCUCUUCCAGCAUUGAAAAAAAUUGGUGUUUCUUCUGUACUUCUACGCAAGAUUAUUGGUACUCUUGAGGUGGGAUGUGGAAUUGUUCUGACCCUUGUGCCAGGGAGACCAAAAGACGUGGCCAACUUUAUUCUGCUACUGGUCAUGCUAGCCGUGCUUUUCUUCCACCAGCUGGUUGGAGAUCCUCUGAAACGCUAUGCUCAUGCCCUGGUGUUUGGUAUUUUGCUGACGUGUCGGUUGCUCAUUGCUCGUCAGGGUGAGGACCGGCCUGAAAGGGAGGAAAGACGAGAAGAGCAGAUCACUGCCCAGGAAAAGAACAAAGUCAAAGUUUCUUAGCUCCACAAUUUCACAAAGAGAGCCUGGCAGCAAAUCUGUUUCUCUGGAUAGUAGAGAAGGUGCUCGGAAAAAAAAAAAACAGUAGUCCCAAAAGGUGAUUUAUGUCCCACAGCUACAUAUCAGCCGCCUGAAAACCAGAUCUUAUGUUACCUUUACCUCAUGUCUCACCUGUAAACUUCUUAUUUAAAAUACAAAUAUUCAAUUUGGACAAUCACCAUUGUGGGAACUGUUUUGGCUGUGGUUUUGCAACAAAAGAUUAAACUAAUGUUAUUCCCUGCUGUGUUUAUUGUUAUUAUUAUUUUGGCCCUGCACUGAACAAUAUCCAAAAUGCCACUUUUAAGAUUAUACUGUGAUACAGGUUUCUUCAAAUGUCAACAGUUUUUUUGAUGGUUUAUUUACUUUUGAACUACUGUCGAGGAGUAUUAUAUAAAACCGGUUGUGUUUACAUUGAUAUUGAUUUUUUUAUUAUUAAAAAAUGCUGUACAUCAUUUGUUAAAAUGUUCGAGGCAGAUGGUAGCUUUUCUGUUACCUCAAAAUCUGUUACAACCAUCAAAACUGAAAACAUAACAGCAGUUUGUUCAGAUACAUGCAAGUUCUGCAUAACAUUAUUCUUUUUUUAAUUUGCAUAUAAUGUUUCUUUGUUUAUCAAAUUUGAUUUUCUAGUUUGUCUCAAAACACAGUCAAAUAAAAAGUGUAUCCUUGGAUUCUUCUUAUGGUUGCUUUCUCUUUUGAGUCAUAGAACUACCACAUUGUUUUACUCUAUUUAUUACUAAAAUGGAUCAUUUUUUUUUCAUGCUUUUAUAUACUGUAUUUUCUUUAGAUCGAUUUGUUCCUUUAUACUGUUUCUGAAAAUCCAGCACUGCUCAUUUGAGGUGUCUUACUAAUUUUACAUACUAAGUUCAGGUUAUGCAUCACUACUUGUAAACUGAAGAGAUGAAUCAGGUGUGUUAAAUAAGUGAUACAUUCUAAAUGCAGUGCUGGAAUGAGUAUAAUUGAGAAACUUGUCUGAUAUGUUUAGAUGUAUACUGAUAAUUUGCUGUUUGUAACUGAGUAAACAUACAUAACAGAGAACAUGGCCUGUGUCUAAACCUUAACCAGAAUGCCCAGCUAGUUCAUGAACUGAAUUGUGCAUUCUUAGUUUACAAAGAAUGGGUCGUAUUACACUUUUGACAGUGAGGGAAAAAACUGAUGUUUGUGCAUGCAGAUGAUGACAAUAAAACCUCUAUGCAGUUUAUCAUGUUUGGUGACAGUAUUAAAAACACAUCUUGUGA